CGUAGCGCGGGGAGGAGAGAGAGAGAGAGAGAGAGGAGCGUCGAAGGGAAGAAGCGUGAAGAAGAGAAGAAGAAGACGGAGAGGGGUAUUUUAGGAAGAAGAAGGAGAAGAAGGAGGAGGAGAGGAGACUCAUUCCUAAACAGGGCCUCCGCUUCCGACCAACCUACCCACUCCUCUUCUUCUCCUCCGCCCCCCAAUCCCAAUCCGUAGUUUUGGGGCUCAAUCUCGAUCUGGGGUGCUAAAAAUUAAAAUUUUUUUCGGGUGCUACGAGAUCGAGUCUGGGGGAAUGGAGAAUUUUGCUGGCUAAUUUUCUGCGUGUUUUUGGCGGAAAUCGCGAGAUCUCCUUGUGGUAAUCUCGUUUCUGUAGGGCCUUUGAUUCGUCUCCUUUGUCUAAUUUCUGUUGCUUGUUUCUUUGUUUCGAUGUUUUGAUCUCCUGUUCUUUUUUCUUGGUAUGAAGCCUUUGUGAGAUCGAUCUGAUUCGAUUGAAAGGUUGCAUUUUUGGCCGUCCGAAUCGGUGAUUCGCCGAGUCUGGGGGGUGGACACAUCAAAAUACUCGGAGAGAUUCGAUUUUUAUGGUUUUUGUUUGCUUUUCUGAUCCAUGAAUUUAAUCAGUAUACGAGCGUUCUAGAUCCAAUCUCACUAAUAAGUUUGAAAGGAAUUUUUUAAAAAAGUUUGGUUGGGCUGUAUUUUUUCUUUUGUGAUCCCAUUUGAGGCUUGGACCCAUCACCGUAGUUGAAGGCUCUUCCCGUAUUGCCUUCCUGAUAGAUUGAUACUUUGGAAGAGAGGAAAGGCGGUCUCGACGGCCGUUGAUCAGUAAUAUUAAGCCCUUGAUUGGUUUUGGCGCUGGUGACAUGUUGGAGGGCCAGUCCUGCUUGAUCUCAAGAGCAUUGCCGAGCUCCUGUGAACAAGAAUCCAAGUGGAUCUACAUGACCCACCACCUCCUUGAGUCCUCGAGCAACAAGCGCCCGCCAAGCGAGGAAUUGGAAGAACAAGAGCAAGGUGAUAGGAGCAAGAGGAAGAAGUCGCCGGAGUGUCCUGAUACCCCUGAUAUCAAAGACACAGAACGGGCCCUCGAUAUGUCUGAUCACCAGGGCGGCAAUGGAGACUAUGAUGAUCCAUAUGCCUUCAUCAACCCACUCGGCAGGGAUAUCACAAUUAACUGCCUUCUUCAUUGCUCUCGCUCCAAUUAUGGUGCCAUUGCAUCCCUGAACCGGAGCUUCCGCUCCCUGAUUCGAAGUGGCGAACUUUAUAGGCUACGGCGGCAGAUGGGGAUUACCGAGUACUGGGUCUAUUUCUCUUGCAAUGUCCUUGAAUGGGAGGCAUAUGAUCCCUACAGUGGGUGUUGGAUUACCAUUCCAAAGAUGCCUCCUAAUGAAUGUUUCAUGUGCUUGGAUAAGGAAUCCCUUGCUGUAGGCACCGAGCUCCUUGUAUUUGGAAAGGAGGUAGAUUCCCAUAUUGUACUGAGAUAUAGCAUUCUGACUAACACUUGGUCCCCUGGAAUAGUAAUGAAUUCACCCAGAUGCCUCUUUGGAUCUGCUAGCCUUGGAGAGAAGGCUAUUAUAGCUGGUGGCACUGAUGCCCGGGGUACCAUACUUAGCUCUGCAGAGCUUUAUAAUUCUGAGACUCAAACUUGGGAAACUCUGCCUGAUAUGAAUCAGGCAAGAAAGUUAUGUUCAGGGGUUUUCAUGGAUGGAAAGUUCUAUGUAAUUGGUGGUAUGGCCAGCAAUACUGAGGUGCUGACAAGCGGGGAGGAGUAUGAUCUGGAGAGACGUUCUUGGAGGGUGAUUCAGAAUAUGUCUGCUGGGCUAAAUGUUGCAAGUGGUGCACCUCCACUUGUAGCUGUGGUAAACAACGAGCUUUAUGCAGCAGAUUAUGCUGAGCAGGAGGUAAGGAAGUAUGACAAGGAGAAUAAUGCAUGGAUCACUCUGGGUAAAUUGCCUGAGAGAUCUGUUUCGAUGAAUGGUUGGGGCCUUGCCUUCAGGGCAUGUGGCGAGCGGCUAAUCGUGAUUGGCGGGCCAAGGGGAUCCAUGGGAGGGACAAUUGAGCUCAAUUCAUGGAUCCCAAACGAGGGACUGCCAGAGUGGAACAUCAUUGCCAGCAAGCAGUCAGGGAGUUUUGUCUAUAACUGUGCUGUGAUGGGGUGCUGAUUUGUCUGAUUUAUGACAACUGUAGUGUACUUCUUGACAUGAAGAAUUCAAAAGGUCGGCUUUGUUCAAGGGCAUAGAUUGCUGAUUUUGCCUAAUGGGUAAUUUCUAUCUUUUAUGAGAUUCCAACUGAACUGAAGAUUCAAUAGAGCUCUCCUCUCUAUGUAACUCUUAAAUUUAAUGCUUUUUUUUUUUCUACCCUCUCAUUUAUUUUGCAUUUGGAAGCCCACUUGUGAUUUCAAAGUUAUGAGACAUGCAUGAGAAUGUUAGAUUAAUAUGUUCACAAGCUACAAUUUUUUUUUAGAUUAAUAUGUCUAUGUAGCCUUAUAUGAUUCUUAUUUUUUUAUCUCACUUGUGAUAAAAUUAAAGAACAGGUGCGGCCUUUUU